CGCACGAAGAGAAAAAAAAAGGCGUCGAUUGAGUGGGGAAAAUCUGGACCAUACAGCAACUCCCCUGAUCCGCUUGUAACAAAUCGGAAGGAGUGAAAUUAGUCAUCUUGUCGAACAUAUCGAUAGUCCACUGCAAUAUUUCAAAACAAUCUGAUAAUGACGACGGCCGCAGCGGCUGAGAGCAGUUCAGAAACUAGAAACUCCAGAUGGUCUCUCGCCGGAAUGACGGCUCUCGUUACCGGUGGUACACAUGGGAUCGGCUACGCUGUGGUGGAGGAACUGUCGGAGUUAGGGGCGGCGGUUCACACCUGCUCUCGCAACGAGGCUGAGCUCAACCAACGCUUACAGGAAUGGUCUUCCAAGGGCUUCACAGUCACCGGAUCCAUCUGCGAUGCAGCUUCUCGUCCUCAACGCGAACAGCUUCUAGAAAAAGUCUCCUCUGUCUUCAAUGGAAAGCUCAACAUCCUAAUAAACAAUGUUGGGACGAACAUAGUGAAACCUAGUUUGGAGUAUACUGCAGAAGAGUAUUCCCUGAUCAUGGCUACCAAUUUGGAAUCUUGUUACCAUAUCUCUCAACUUUCACAUCCUCUUUUAAAAGCUUCUGGAUUUGGAAGCAUCGUGUUCAUUUCCUCUGUUGCAGGUUCUGUUCAUGUUAAUUACACAUCUAUCUACGGACCCACUAAAGCUGCUAUGAAUCAACUUGCAAAGAAUUUAGCUUGUGAAUGGGCGAAAGAUAACAUUCGGAGUAAUAGUGUAGCUCCAGGGUGCACUAGGACCCCACUUGUGGAACGUUUGUUUAAUAAUCAUGAGGAGUUUAUAAAUACAUUGGUAUCAAGAACACCUUUGAAACGCAUUGCUGAAACGAAUGAAGUGUCAUCAAUGGUGGCGUUCCUUUGUAUGCCUGCUGCUUCUUACAUCACUGGCCAAACAAUUCUUGUUGAUGGAGGAUUUUCUGUUAAUGGUUUCUCGUGACUUUGAAAAUUAAUAGAAAAUAUUGGCAUGUAAAAUUACUUGUUUAUAAAACGAGAAAUGAGUAUGAAAAUAGAUGAUGUAGAAAUCGUCAUGAUGCUUGUUAAAUAAAUGAUUGGUGAAGGA